AUGGAGGAGAGCGCCGGGGAUGUCUUUGGUACUAUUGACUGGGCGUGGGUUCACGAAAGCCUCCGUGGAUGGGCUCAACUUUUUGGAAACCACCUCCCGGCUGUUGUGUUAGUUGUACAACCAUACCAUACAACCCGCUACCUCGCGGUGCGGAAGCACUAUUUACAUAGCCGCGUGAGCGGGAAUGGGCGUAAAAAGAAGAAACCCCAUCGUAGUCGCCGUCUAGAGGAGGAGUGGCUGCGAACCGCGACCGAAGAGGAGCGUUCGCGGCAUGCCUCUCAGCAGGGUAUUGCGUCUGACUCCUACAUCGAGGUGCCGGCUUUUUUCUCACGCCAUGGCGACCACACCGCGGUGGUCGACGCGGCGCUGCUGCCGGAGGUAGUGCCGAACGUCGUGCGACAGGGGCGAGGGAGCGUGAUGGUGCUGGGCUCUUCGAACAUCGGCAAGUCCACGCUUUGCCGAUUCCUCGCGAAUGCGCUACUUUCCCUGCACGGGCGCUGCUUUUGGCUCGAUCUCGACCUCGGGCAGCCGGAGUUUGGGGUUCCUGGGCAACUAACCUUGUACCGUGUGCGGCGUCCGCUGCUGAGGCCGCACGACACCGCCGCGGCAGAGCUUGUUCGCGCGUAUUUUCUCAGCAGUUCGUAUGUGGCCUGUCCGUUAAGCACCGCACAGGCUCUCGUGCACCUUUGCGAGCUCGCGCGAGGUCUUGCCGAGCGGCAUCCGGUCGUGGUGAACACUCACGGAUGGGUGCUUCACACCGGACGGCGCACAACUGUCGAGGCGAUACGCCGGCUUCUACCGCGUGUGAUCGUUCACCUGAAGAAACCAGAGGAGGAUGCGUGGGCGCAAGACACCGACGCCUUGUUGGAUCCGAAGGAGGGUCUUAAUGGGUCUGUAGUGGGAAAUCGCUUUUUGGUUCGCCGCUUUUCACGCGGCCGCGAGCUCGGCGCUAUGGCAUCUACACCAGCAGGACCGAAUCCUGUGAUUGUUCAAUCUAUACAGGGUGGGGAUCAUCCCUACGGCAAGGGAGGCGGUGCUAAUCGCAGCACUCCAGCAUCAGCGGAGAAGAAUGGCUUCUUAGGAAAGCUUCCAAGUGCGUUUGCCAAAACUUUCACCUCCAACGGUGAGGACGCUUCUAAAAAAUUGAAAAGCUUGUGGAAGGGCAUCGUGCAUACUGUUCGUGUGGUACGCGACGUCAAUGUAGACGCAGAUAGGACAAAGCGCACUUCCGGCAGAGCAGGCCGGGAGGCCCUUUGGCAGGCGUACUUUAAACCCCUUAUUGAGCACUACGAGUCGGUUAAUGGCGAGAAUACCACCAAGCGCCAAGGCGAAACCACAUCAGAGGCCAAUGCGAUACCGGACCCCGAUCCUGCAGCCGCCACGAUGCUUCUUAAGGCCCCACUGCACGCUUUACAUAGCAUCGUUUUGGUGGAACGUGAUGAGAAGGAGCCAGCCGAGCCCCUAUACGGCGGUUCUUAUUCUUCGACCACGUCAUCUUCGUGCAUUUCGAAUGACUUCGAGAGGCCGCUGCUGGAAAAUCUCGCGGCGAGGCUUGAGCACGCCGUGGUGGCGGUUCAGUUAUCAUCGGUGAACAUUUUUCCCGCCCCUGCUUCUCCUGCGGGGGUGGGGGGGAAGGGAGGGGGCGGUGUUGUGAGCAAUGGGCCGAACGAGACAGGCCCCUCGGCAACGCAGGUGGUGAGUUUAGCGAACUUGCCCAACGGCUUUCAGGUAUCAUUGUAUGGGUACGUCGAGAGCACAGAACAGGAGCUUUUGGCAGGACAGAUUGCGAUUCGUUUGCCGAUUAAACGCGAUGUUAUGGAGCGGUUCAUGACAAAAGAGUACUCUAUGGGGAUAAGUGAAACCUCGAGAGCCCAAACAAAGGGUCAUGCUGACAAGAGGGAAGGGUUUGAAGCUUCUGGAACUGCUACUCCGUCCUCACAGAUGCGUAUUUCAAUCGCUUUUUCUGAAGUUCUUCAGGGUGAUACUUGUUUCAUGGAGGGAUACCCCUGA